CCUCAUCUCAUCCCCCCCCCACCGAAUAAACCACAACAACCUUUCCUUCUACUCCUUACCCCGUGCUAUUUGGUUUUGCUCUUCCUAAAGAGAAUUUUAUUGCAAUUUCUUUCAACAUGGUUCUUCCAAGUGUUGUCCGCUCAAUCCCCCGAACAGCCGCUGCAUUGAGACCUACACUUCUGCGGAAUGCCGUCAGACCACCCAUAUCCGCCUUUGCGAGGUUUAACUCCUCAACUCCGGAGGGGAAAGUUCAAGGACCGGUUAUCGGUAUAGAUUUGGGCACAACAAAUUCAGCUGUAUCUGUGAUGGAGGGGAAAAUCCCCAAGGUAAUUGAGAAUGCUGAAGGUGCACGAACAACCCCCUCAAUCGUUGCCUUCACUGCAGAUGGCGAACGAUUGGUCGGAAUUGCUGCCAAACGCCAGGCUGUGGUUAAUCCCGAAAACACCCUCUUUGCCACUAAGCGAUUGAUCGGGAGAAAGUUCACCGACCCUGAGGCCCGUGGCCAGAAUCUUGGCAAGCCCAUCAAGAACGCUGUCGUCACUGUCCCCGCCUACUUUAACGAUUCUCAGCGUCAGGCUACGAAGGACGCUGGACAAAUUGCUGGUUUGAAUGUCGUGCGUGUUGUCAACGAACCCACUGCCGCCGCUCUGGCCUAUGGUCUUGACAAGGACCAGGAUCGUGUCAUCGCUGUCUUCGAUCUUGGCGGUGGUACUUUCGAUGUCUCCAUCUUGGAGAUCCAGAAGGGAGUCUUCGAGGUCAAGUCCACGAAUGGCGAUACCCAUCUUGGUGGCGAGGACUUUGAUAUUGCACUUGUCCGUCAUUUGGUCAAGUACUUUAAAAUGGAGACUGGUCUCGAUCUCUCUGGCGAUCGUAUGGCUAUUCAGAGGAUUCGUGAGGCCGCCGAGAAGGCUAAGAUGGAGCUUUCUUCCGCCCUUCAGACCGAUAUCAACCUUCCUUUCAUUACUGCCGAUGCCGCUGGGCCUAAGCACAUCAAUAUGAAAAUGACAAGGUCACAAUUUGAGACCCUCGCCAACGACUUGAUUCAGAAGUGUAUCGAUCCCUGUAAGAAGGCCUUGAAGGAUGCCGGCCUUAAACCAACCGAUAUCCAGGAAGUUAUCCUCGUCGGUGGUAUGACCCGUAUGCCAAAGGUUGUUGAGACCGUUAAGGCUAUCUUCGGACGUGACCCUGCCAAGACUGUUAACCCGGAUGAAGCUGUAUCUAUUGGUGCUGCCAUUCAAGGUGCUGUCCUUGCUGGUGAUGUCACGGAGCUCCUCCUACUCGAUGUCACUCCCUUAUCUCUCGGUAUUGAGACCCUCGGUGGUAGUCAAACUUUUUCUACUGCUGCCGAUUUCCAGUCCACCGUCGAUAUCAAGGUCUACCAGGGUGAGCGUGAGCUCGUUCGUGAUAACAAACUCCUUGGUAACUUCCAACUUUCUGGUAUUCCUCCGGCCCAUCGUGGUGUUCCCCAAAUCGAGGUCACCUUCGACAUUGACGCCGAUUCCAUUGUCCAUGUUUCUGCCCAAGACAAGGCCACCAACAAGGACCAAUCUAUCACCAUUGCCUCUGGAUCUGGUCUCAGUAAAUCCGAGAUCCAGUCUAUGAUCAAUGACGCCGAGAAGUACCAGGAGACCGACAAAAAACGCAGAGACAUCAUUGAGGGUGCUAACCGUGCUGAAUCCGUUCUCGUUGAUACUGAGACUGCCUUGAAGGAACACCAGAGUAGCCUUAACAAGACUGAGACCGAUAUCAUCCGGGGGAAUAUCACCACCCUCCGUGAGACCGUUGCUAAGGUUCAGUCGGGAGACAAUUCAAUCACUGCCGAUCAGUUGAAGGAGCAAACCGAUGCCCUUCAAACUGCAUCCCUGACUUUGUUUGACAAGAUGCACCGCGCCCGCUCCCAGGCAGCUAACCAGCCCCAAGACUCUGACCCCUCCGCCGACCCUGAGAGUGACGAUGAUGGUGAGAAGAAGGAGUAAGAUGAUGAAUGAUGUGGGUUUCGAAACGCGAUAAUGAUGGAACACAAAAUUUUAAAUUCCCGAGGUAUAAUGAUGAUUCGCGUUUUUCUAUCUUUUACAAAAAAACUCAAGUGCUGUUUUUUUUUUUCACCCUCAGCUAGACUCAUGCAUACUUUUUUCCUUUUACCUUACUAUGUCUUAAGUUCAUCCAAUAUUUUCACCAGCCUUCUUGUAUUUUCUUUUUUACAUACUCUUUUUCUCUUACUACUCUCAUGGUCGGUAGCUCAAAAAUUUCCCCUUUCUUUCACCUUUCCUUCGCUCAAUCUCGGUCCGCUUUCCUUAUCCGUAUACUCCUUCUCGAAGCCUCUGGGUGGAAGGUACGCCUGUAUUAAAAAACUAUCUCCGCUCUGUAAUAUUACAAUUGGAUAUUCACACUA